AGUACUUUUGUAACAACCCCACUUCUGCCUAUAUAUAUAUAUAUCACGUGUCGCACCGAGUGCACAUUUGUUAAACCUGUGAGACGUCUCCGUUGCCGGUUAAAUUUUCUUACUCAAACUGUUUGCAGACUUCGUCUUACCUCGUUCUCUCAGAUUAUCAACAUGCUAAAAUUAGCCCAGAAAGCCCCAGAAUUCAAAGGAAUGGCUGUUGUUAAUGGUGAGUUCAAAACUAUCCAACUGUCAGACUACAAAGGAAAAUAUUUGGUGCUAUUCUUCUAUCCACUUGAUUUCACCUUUGUGUGUCCCACAGAAAUCACUGCCUUUAGUGACAGAGUGGAAGAAUUCAAAAAAAUCAACUGUGAAGUUGUUGCUUGCUCAACUGACAGCCAUUAUUCCCAUCUUGCUUGGAUCAAUACACCACGGAAACAAGGAGGUUUGGGAGAAAUGAAGAUUCCUCUCUUGGCUGACAAGAUCCUCAAAAUUGCAUCAGAUUAUGGUUGUUUGAAGGAAGAUGAGGGAAUUUCUUUCAGGGGUCUAUUUAUCAUUGAUGAGAAAGGUGUUUUGAGACAGAUAACUAUUAAUGACCUACCAGUUGGUCGAUCAGUUGAUGAGACACUGCGUUUGGUACAAGCAUUCCAAUUUACAGACAAACACGGUGAAGUGUGUCCAGUUGGGUGGAAGCCUGGAAGUAACACCAUGAAACCUGACCCUAAAGGCAGCAAGGAAUACUUCAAGCAAAUGUGAACAAAGAACUUCUCUUGGCUCUUUGUCUCCCACCCAGACAUCUACUUUAACCCCUGUGAUUUGCAGUUGGGGUUUGAGGUCGUUUCAAAUAUUACUUACUUUGGCUGGGUAGUGUUUUGAAAUUUACAAGCAGAAAAUCAUGAAAAUAUUUAAAUAUUAAUGGAUCCCAAAUAUGACGUUAAUAUAUUUUCUCUAUUUUUGUUUCCAGGCAAAUGUUCACUUAUACCUCCUUUAGUAGACAAUCCAAUUUGUCACAUACAUGCACUUGGCAGUUUACUGCUGGUUUCAUCGAACAUGUUCCACCCUCUCACCUUUGUUAGAAAUGGUCAUAUCUAUUUUGUAUGCAAUUUGCAUUAAAAAUAAAAUUGAAAAAAUAUCUCUGAA